CUGGUAAUUCAAACAAGAAUUAGAUAACAGCACGAUGGACUACGAGUAAACUUACUUCAACGUUUUCACUUUGUUGCUUGCCCCUAACAUCAGCGUGGCAUAUCACCCACCGCUGUAGUAUACUAAAUCAGCGGUUCAUCAUGUCUACUCCGCGAGUGCUGUCUAUUCAGAGCCACGUUGUGCGUGGCUACGUUGGAAACAAAUCAGCUACAUUCCCAUUGCAGGUGUUAGGUUUUGAAGUGGAUGCCAUCAACUCAGUUCAACUUUGCAAUCACACAGGCUAUGCACAUUUUGCUGGUCAAGUACUGCAGUCAUCCGACUUCGAUACGCUAGUCAACGGACUAGCCACGAAUGGACUGACACAUGAAUACACACACAUUCUCACUGGGUAUGUGGGAUCGGAAAGUUUCUUGCAAAGUGUAUGCAGGACAGUGAAGGAACUCAAGGAGUCUAAUCCAGACCUGACUUUCGUUUGUGAUCCAGUGAUGGGUGAUAAUGGCAAAUUUUACGUACCAGAAACCCUGCUGCCCAUCUAUCGUGAUCAGCUGAUCCAGUAUGCAGAUGUGAUCACACCUAACCAAUUUGAAGCAGAACUCCUGACUGGUGUCACUAUCACCACUAAGGAUGAUGCGCUGAGGGCCAUCAGCGUACUGCACAGCCGGGGCUGCAAGGUUGUCAUCAUCACCAGCUCUAAUCUGAGCGGCAAAGAUGACUCGCUGCUUUUGCUGGGCAGCACCAAGGGAGGCGAUAAAAUCGAAAUGACCAUUCCCCUACUACCAGCUACGUUUGUUGGAACUGGUGAUUUGUUCACUGCACUGACAAUGGCAUGGCUACACCGUGGCGAGGCCUUACCGUCAGCAUGCCAGAAGACCCUCAGCACUAUGCAGACGAUCCUGUCGCGAACACUGGCCCAUGCCCGUGAGCAAUCACAUGGCAGCGAGCCCAGCGCAGCGCAGCUGGAGCUGCGUCUGAUCCAAAGCAAGGACGUCAUUGAGAGCCCGCCACCAGGCAGCUGUCAGCCAACCGUUCUCUCCUAACACAGCGGAGCAGGUGUCAGCGUGUAUUGCUGAAAGGGAAACUAACUUAUGGCACGUUACAGCCUGUUGUGAGCUACAUGUACACGUACACAUAGACCAUGCUGUCUUUUCUGUGUCACUCACUGUUAUGACUCUACAUGGAAGGCUGAUGACCUCGAUCAGAUGAGACCUACUUUUUAAACGCUAGGAGUGGGACGAAGUACUGCUCCUUUAUGCCUUUCAUCUGGGCCGCAAUGCGCUCAGCACAGCAUUCUCAGAGACCAAUUUGUCUUCAGCCGAUGCGUAUCCAUGUCACAUUGUGUUGACGUUUGUCCAAGCUGUGCACAAUGUCUCGUUGUCAUCCUGCUUUUGCUGAUGGGAAACAGUCCACAAUGCAGUCGCUGCACAGCAUACCGGUAUGCGUAUCUUAUUCUAUUUUCAGUAUCACAUGUGAUUUGAUCUCCCCCCCCCCCCCCCCCCCCCGGCUUUUCUCUCCCCAGCCAACAUCAACAGACCGCGUUGAAACACGCGUUGGUAUGUCACUAUUUAAUACUUAGCACUUGUGCGUGUAAGACCGGACACAUGAAUGGAAUGUCGCUAGAUAAUACUCCACUA